GCGGUCAUGUGCGCGCAGCGGGCGGCCGCAGAGGAAGCCGGUCCAAGAUGGCGGGCGUGAGGCGUGUUCUUCCCCGGCGGCUGGUGGGCUUGGCGUCCCUUAGGGCUGUCAGCACCUUAUCUAUGGGCACUUUCCCAAAGCAGGUGAAAAUUGUGGAAGUUGGUCCCCGAGAUGGUCUACAAAAUGAAAAGAAUGUUGUACCUACACCAGUGAAAAUCAAGCUGAUAGACAUGCUUUCGGAAGCAGGACUUCCUGUCAUAGAAGCCACCAGCUUUGUGUCUCCCAAGUGGGUUCCUCAGAUGGCUGACCACACUGAAGUUUUAAAGGGCAUUCAGAAGUUUCCUGGCAUCAGCUACCCAGUCCUGACUCCAAAUAUGAAAGGCUUUGAGGCAGCGGUGGCUGCUGGCGCCAAGGAAGUAAGCGUCUUCGGAGCUGCCUCGGAGCUGUUCUCAAAGAAGAAUAUCAACUGCUCCAUAGAGGAGAGCUUCCAUCGCAUGGGUGAGGUCCUGCAGGCCGCGCAGGCUGCCGGGAUUCCUGUGCGGGGGUACGUCUCCUGUGUGCUCGGAUGUCCCUAUGAAGGGAAGAUCUCCCCGGCUAAAGUAGCUGAGGUCGCCAAGAAGUUGUACUCCAUGGGCUGCUACGAGAUCUCCCUGGGGGACACCAUUGGUGUGGGCACCCCAGGGCUCAUGAAGGACAUGCUGUCGGCUGUCACGCGUGAGGUGCCUGUGGCUGCAGUGGCUGUGCACUGCCAUGACACCUACGGCCAAGCCCUGGCCAACACCCUGAUGGCUUUGCAGAUGGGAGUGAGUGUCGUGGACUCCUCCGUGGCAGGACUUGGAGGCUGCCCCUAUGCACAGGGGGCAUCAGGGAACCUGGCCACCGAGGACCUGGUCUACAUGCUGACGGGUUUGGGGAUUCACACGGGUGUGAAUUUCCAGAAGCUCCUGGAAGCUGGGGACUUCAUCUGUCAAGUCUUGAACAGAAAAAACGGCUCCAAAGUGGCACAAGCUAGCUGUAAACUCUGAGCCCCUUGCCUCCCUGUAGACAGACUACAGAUUGCAUGGGAAUAGGAGUGCACACAGAUGAAUCCUGGAUGGGGAAAUGGAAAUGAAAUGAAAUUACAGGAGCAGGCACCUCUCCGCCCACUCUGCACACGGGGCUGUCCUGGCUGAAGUCCCGCCCUGUCCGGCCUUAGCGGGAGUGUGCAGCCUUGGUGGCGGGAAAUCUCCCCUUUGGGUGGGCCCGUUGACCCCAAGUUGAGUUGCACUUGGGAACCUGCUUGGGAUGAUCCUUAAGUCUCGUUCUAGGUUCAGCCUGCCAGCUAGCUAACCUCUGGACAGCCCCACCCUGUCGGUUCUGUGGGGCCCAUUACUGUCUUCUCAGGUUAAAAGGGGUGGAGCAGGUUGCUAUAAACGGCCAGUGGCCUUCUGCUGUCUAGUGGUGAGGGGGGCUAUCUGCCAACUCUUAUCCAUGGAAAACCUCUACUCUGAACAUGAUUUUUGAAAACAGCUGAUGUAAUUAAAGAUUUAAUUUUCCAGUGUAUAGUUGUGCAGAUUUAUGUAUUUAUGAGAGCAGAGGAAUAAAAUCUCUGCAACAUUGCAUUCA